GAAUGGCGGGCGAACAAUUUCAUUGCUGAUCACGACCUAAGAACAACUAAAGCGAUCAUCAUUUAUUAUACGCAAUAUUUUCAUACAUUAAAUUGAGAAAGUGGGUUAUAAAUCUGGACACAUUACAUAAAAUGUAUAGUUGAAGAUCAAAUUAAUACUAUAUAAACUGCAAAAAGAAAGACAAAUUAAAAGGAAGGAAAAAUGAAUAGUAAAAGCAUGGAGAAAGAGAAGGCAUAUAUUGCAGUGAUAGUGCUACAGUGCAGCUAUGCAGGCAUGAUGGUGUUGUCAAAGGCAGCUAUGUCUUCAGGGAUGAAGCCUUCCGUCUUCGUCGCCUACCGACAGGCAUUCGCCUUCUUCUCCUUGCUCCCCUUCGCCUUCUUUUUCACCAGCAAGGGGUCACCUCUUACAUGGAGUGGGUUAUGCAAGAUUUUCUUUGUUUCUUCAUAUGGAUUGGCGUUGAGUUUCAAUCUGAAUUUAGCAGGAUUGGAGUAUAUUUCGGCAACAUUUGGUACAGCUAUUCUCAGCAUUGUUCCUGCUUUGGUCUUUAUCAUGGCUGUUUGUUUAAGGAUUGAAAGGCUAGACAUGAGGAAGUGGCAUGGAGUAGCCAAGGUAUUGGGAAGCAUAAUUAGCCUGUCCGGAGCAAUGGCCUUCACCUUCUACAAAGGCCACGCUCUCUACCACACUUCAACGGCCCACCACCCCUUGGACGACUCAAAACACCAGUGGAUCAAGGGUGCUCUCCUUGCCAUCGCCGGCCAACUCUUCUACGCCAUGUGGAUCACAAUGCAGGCUCCACUGCUCAAACAAUAUCCAGGCAAAUUGAGACUCACCAUUCUACAGUGUGGCUUCAGCUGCCUCUCCGCAACGGUGUAUGCUGCCGCCGUGGAGAGGCAUCCAUCCGCAUGGACGCUUCGAUGGGAUAUUCAACUCUUAUCGCUCGCCUAUUGUGGCGUGAUAGUGACUGGGUUGAGUUAUUGGUUGCAAGCUUGGGUUAUAGAGCAGAAAGGUCCUGUUUUUGCUGCCAUUUUCAACCCGCUGGCGCUGGUUAUUGCGGCCAUCAUAUCAGCUUUUCUCCUCAAUGAAACUCUUCACUGGGGGAGUGUUUUGGGUUGUGGGCUGCUUGUGGUUGGGCUUUAUUGUUUCUUGUGGGGCAGAAAUCGAGAAGUUGAUACUAAAACCCAACAGAUUUUGGAGGAUGUCCAUUCUGAGCCCGCUGCGCCAAUAUCACUUGGUGGAAAUACUCCAUGAAUAUAUUUAUUUGUUUUUAAUAUUUUCUCUCAUUUAAUCUGUAUGUAGAAGUGACAAUUGGUUGUUAGGCACAGAUUUUGUCCUGGGAAAGUAAUUAGAUUCUAAAUUAUUAAAUUCUUA